GAACUGUCGCAAUUCAAUUAGCAAAAUAAGCAAAGCCCCAAGCCAACAUACAUAUACACAAAGUAUAUAGUAUAUACCAUACCCACACACACACACACACACACACACAAACAUAACGUGCGUGGCAACGAACCUGAGACAGAUUUCGCGCGCAUUUUUGCACGUGCUGCCACCGAUCGAUAUCUACUGACUCUUCCGCAUCCACUCACCAUGCCGAUGCCAAGUGCAAGGCAACGAGAGACAGAGCCGGAGCGAUGCACGGCGGCCGAGUCCCAUCAGCUGAUAAACGGCGAUGGGAGCGGGGGCGCAGGCGCCCUGGACACGAUCUGUAACGACUAUGCUCAUGACUGUGGGAGCGCCACUCUGCGAUCGACGACAUCGGGCCGCAGCAACCAGACGAGCAGCACUACGAUCUGCGAGACGGAGUUGGAGGCGGAGACGUGUCCGGAGGAGCAGUACGAAGACGCGGUUGAUGUCGAGAGCUGUCUGCGGGGGACUCCACCAGCGAACGACCUUGACGAUGCCGGUCUGCGGUACUCCUUCAAAGGCAUACCGCCGGAGCUCUACUCGCCAAAGAAGGAUUUCAUUUACAAGCGGCCGCUGGUGGACAGACAGCUCGUGCUGAAGAAGAGGUGUGAAUGGUGGUUCUACCGGUACAAGUGCAGCCAAAAGAUGUCCACACACUUGCGACAAAACGCCUGCCUGUACACCAUCUUGUUCGUCUUCGUGGCGCUAUUAUUUGUCAUAUUCUUUUACAAUGGCCUGCCGAGCGGGCAUAGAGCCAGGCUGGAGCUGCCCAAGAGCAACCAGUCGGCCCCACAGGCACCACCCGCAGUCACACCCAUACUGUUCCCCGUCACAGAUCCGCCCAGUCGUGGUCCGUUUGGGGUCCACAGCGACGCGGAUGGCUUCGAGGAUAUUGGCAGGGACGAACUCAGUGCCUUUGUGGUUCCCAUCAAGGUCUACAACCACAGCCUCAACGAAGACGACUUGCUCUACGAAUCGAAGCGAAACAACGAUGUUAAUAGUUUUCUCAAGAACUCAUCGCCCGCCUUCAGCAUGACGGGCACCUUCCGCAGAAGAUCACACCAGAUCUGGGAUCCACAUCCGGAAUACAAUCUGCAUGCAUUUGGCCGCGGGCUGCACCUGGUGCUGCACCAGGACAGCUCGUUCGUAACGAGCAACAUGAUACCGCUGAUUCGAAUACUCAGUAAUCGCACCAGUGGAUCGACAGACGACGCCGAGGAGCUGAACCAGGGCCAGGACCAGGACCAGCAGUCAUCUCUGGGCUGCUACUACACUGGAUACGUCGAGGGCGACGCCCACUCGGCGGUGGCCGUUUCACUCUGCGGCGGCAUGACUGGUUAUAUCAAAACGGGUUUCGGCACACUGCUCAUUCAGCCGGUGAACCAGACCAGCAGCGACGAGGUCUUGCACCGCAUCUGGCGACACUCUCAGCGCAAUGCCAGACACGCUGUCUCCGAGCUCGAGCUGGGCCUGGACGCACUGGAGCCGCUGGAGCUCGCACGACAACUGCGCGACAGCCAGCCCCGCAAGCUGACGCGCCGCAAGCGACACUACUCGGACAUGGACAAUCAGCUGUACACCCUGGAGGUGCUGGUGGCUGUCGACUCGAGCAUGGGCAGAUUCCACAAGGACGAUCUGUCCGACUACAUUUUCAUGCUGCUGUCGAUCGUCUCGAAAAUCUUCGAGGAUGCCAGCAUCGGCAACUCCAUUCGCAUCUCUCUGGUCAACCUGAUUCUGUUGCCCGACAGCAACGAGCGACACAACUCCAGCAACGAAAUGCUCAAGCACUUUUGCACCUUUGCCAACCAGAAGGGCUACCACUACGACACGGCCAUGCUGAUAACGCGUGAGCCGAUCUGUGGCGGGGUUCCCGGAAAGAGCUGCCACAUGCUGGGCCUGGCCGAACUGGGCACCGUUUGCAAUCCCAGAUCCUGCUCCAUUGUCCAGGACACCGGACUGCCCGCUGCAUUCACCAUGGCCCACGAGCUGGGACACAUCCUCAAUAUGCCGCACGACGAUGGCAAGCAAUGCCAGCCUUACAAUACCAAAUCUGGAAGCAACAAGCAAAUGCACAUCAUGUCCAGCGUUAUGGGCAUCCACAUGCAUCCGUGGUCGUGGUCCAAGUGCUCUCAGCACUUUGUAUCCGAGUUCUUAGAAAAGACGGACAAAUCCUGCCUGGAGAACACACCCUCCUCGUACAUACCCAAUAAGACGGAAAGGCUGCCCGGUGAGAUUUACUCGCUGGACAACCAGUGCGAGCUGAUCUACGGCAACCGCAGCACCCACUGCUCCAUGGAGGAGGAGUGCCAGCGGCUGUGGUGCAACCGGACGCACACGAACCCCCACGACCAGUGCCGUUCCAGCAACCUGCCCUGGGCAGACGGCACGCCCUGCAACCAAAACCGAAACUGGUGCCAAAAGGGCAAGUGCGUGCCACGCAAGGGAGGGCUGCUGCGCCAGGUGAACGGUGGAUGGGGGCCCUGGACGGUGUUCACGCCCUGCAGCCUCACCUGUGGCGGCGGCGUGCAGGAGUCGCAUCGUGACUGCAACGAUCCGGUGCCCGAUCACGGCGGCAAGUACUGUGUGGGCAGCCGCAAGAAGUAUCGCUCCUGCAACACGCACCCCUGCCCCCUGGGCACACCGGAUCCCCGCGAGCAGCAGUGCUACGACAUGAACGGAAGAAACUUUAACAUUCAGGGCAUCAGUCCAGCCUCCAAGUGGAUACCCAAAUACGAGAGGGAACCCUCCAAGCAGUGCAAACUCUUCUGCCGCGUGGACAACAGCGUUACAUACUUCAAGCUCAAGAACAAAGUAGCGGAUGGCACCACCUGCACCGUGGACAGUUUCGACAAGUGCGUCAAUGGCAUUUGCCGGCCGGCGGGAUGCGACAAUGAGCUCAACUCACUUGCCAAGCUGGAUAAGUGCGGCGUUUGCGAGGGGCAGAGCGACACAUGCGAGGAAGUUACCGGAAAUCUGUACGUCGCCGAUCUGCUCAAACUCAAGGAACCCACCAAGACCCUCUACUAUGUGACGACAAUACCAAAAGGUGCCUCAAAUAUCGUCAUCACACAGCCUGGAUAUCCCGAGCAGAACUACAUUGUGCUGAGCGAUGACAAGCGUGCGCCCAUUCUCAACAGGGACGUGGUCAAGUCGUAUUCGCUGAAGUUCGUCUAUGCUGGCGUUACGAUAGAGUACAACGGCUCCGAUAGUCCGAUGGAGCGUGUGAACACGACCUACUCAUGGAAGCUGUCACGUGAUCUAGUAGUUGAGAUCAUCUCUAUAGACCUGAGUCCGGCCAAAAAACACGACACAGUUCUGAUUUCGUACUCUUACACCAUUGACAAGCCGAUGACGGCUGAGGCGGCCGAGGUGGAGAUCUAUCGCUGGGAAAUGCAGACAUGGAGCACCUGCGACUCGCUCUGCCAGGGCAGAAUGUAUCGUCAGCCAGCCUGCGUUAGCACCACACAGGGACUUAAGGUGGCGCCGCAGUUCUGCGAUGCCACAGCCCGACCCAAGGUCGAGGAUCGCAGCUGCAACAUGGAAUGUCGUCUCACUCUCAAUGUCACGAGCAUAUCAGAGUGUUCGGCGGCGUGCGGGGAACUGGGAACGCGCGAGAAGAACUUCAACUGCAUACAGACAUUCCCGGAUAUUCAGCGUUCGAAUAUCGUGGACAUGUCUUACUGCAAGCUCAAGUUUGAGGUCGUACGCCAUGAGGAGUGCCGCGAGGGAUGCUGGAACUAUUCCGAAUGGACUGCGUGCUCCAAGGCGUGUGGCACAGGCACCCAGAUGCGGGAAGUGCGAUGUUACCUGAACAAUGUCCAUGUCAGCGAUGAGCUGUGCAGUCCUCGGACCAAGCACCAGUACAAUGAGCUGCUCCAGUCCUGCAAUGUCGAGCCCUGCCCUGUCUAUACAGAAUCACCGAACGCCGUUUCGGUGAACAACUGGGUGAGUGGAGAGUGGGGAGACUGCAAUGACUGGUGCAAGAAGAGUCGCUCCGUGCGCUGCUCGCAUCCCUACGGCAUUGGGUGCGACCGAAACAGGAAGCCCAAGGAGGUUCGCAACUGCUGCCAGAUCAAAUACACCAGCGAGUGGAGUGAUUGUUCUGUGCAAUGUGGAGAGGGGCAGAAGAGGAAGCUGCAGCGCUGCACUCGUGUGUACAAGCCUGAAGUGCCGGGCUCGCCCAAGCGUAAGGUGUACAUCAAUGACUCGUACUGUGUCAGCCGGAAGGUGCGGAGGCCAACGCUCCGCACAACCGUGAAGACGUGCAAGAUCAACUGCAAGUGGAUUACCUCAAACUGGACGCCUUGUCCCGCGGACUGCUCCAAAGAAUAUCAAACGCGUUACGUUCGCUGCGAGUCCUGGCAGGGCGACAGCAUAGAGGAGGGGCAUUGUGUGGCCAAAAAGCGUCCGACCAAGCGGCGCAUUUGCAACAACUGUGUGCGUCGGCAGUCAAAGGUCGUCUCGCAGUGCAACUGCGAUGGCUACGAGACGCGGAGAGACGUGUGCUUCGACUCUCGCUUGGGUCACGUAGCCUGUCCCACGAGGUCGAAGCCGCAGAAGCACAAGUGCCUGCCCCCGCCCAGCUGCAGGAGGCGAAGUGUCAGCAGCAGCAGCAGCAGUAACAUGGUCAGCAUGGCGAGUGUUCGCAGACCGCAGAGCUGCAUGGAUCUGCAGCGCAUGCACGGCAUCCACAAGGACGGAGACUAUACGCUGGAGGUGCGGCAGCAGCAGGUGCGCAUCUACUGCCAUCACAUGAACAGUCGGACGCCGCGCGAGUACAUAAGCGUGGAGCCGCAGGAGAACUAUUCCAUUUACUACGAGUAUAAGACCACGCUGAUGAACAGCUGUCCGCCGGAGUCCCGAGCGCACGAGUACUACAACGACCAGAACUCUGGGCGCACGCACUUCAGCAAGCUGCGCCUCAACAUCACCGAUCUGCGGGUCAUCGAUAAUGAUUUCGAGUUCGCCGAGUCGCGGGGUCAACGCCAGAAGCUGGGGUCGGCGGGCGACUGCUACAACCGCAACAUGCAGUGUCCGCAGGGAGACUUCUCCAUCAAUCUGGAGCGCACGGGCUUUGUCAUGCGCCCUGGCACCGUUUGGAACACACACGGCAAUCCGGUGAUCAUGAAGCGCGGCAGUGGGUUUGACACUGCGAAGCUGAAGCGAAGAGCAUUCUGCGGGGGCUUUUGCGGCGGGUGUUUCAUUUCGCCGACGGCGGGACUUUACCUCGAUGUAGACAACAGUUCAAAAUUUGAAAGUAUUAACCAGCUUUUUCAGGUCCCACCCAGGUCUGGCCAAGGUACCCAGGGGUUUUUGUUCCCUUCCCAUGGUAAUCGGGUCUUCGUCCCGGGAAGGACCACGAAGGUUAACCUUCAGCCAAGCAUUACCAACUACAAUGAGGAGAAACGAGGCGCCAAAAGUAUUCUCGAAUAUUAGUUAGGAUGUACAUUGUACAAUCAUAAGGAAUGGAAUGAACCGUCAUCGUGUCAGAAGAGCCCGAACAAAGCAUAAUUGCAGUAUAAGAAUUUGGAAGCGGAUCGGAGCGGAGCGUACGUGUACAUAUAAUAUUAUUUUGCUCGAAAUUAGCUCUUACACAUUAUGGCCAUUUAAAGCAAUAAGAAUUGUACAUACCGGGGGAUAGGAGCGCAUCAUCUAUUCGAUAAGAUUGAGUUGACCAAAAUACAAUCCAUAAGUUGAAAGAUUAACCAAUAGAUAGUAUACAUACUUAACGCUUAUUUAUGCUUACGCAAUGUUGCAAUGCUGGUCUGUACAAUAGUUGUAUCUGUUAAGCUACGCAAUUAAUUAGUUAAGAAACAUAUAUUUAGGGAUAUUCUAUGCAUAGAGAUAUUAAUGUGCUAGGUGCUUACGAAUGGUAACUAAAACGAAAUACUCAUAUUAUAUAGGAAAAAGAAACAACCCCACACAAGCCAACACAAGCCAAAACUACCAUUCAUCGAACUAACACUGCUGAACGAACCUGGUUGGUUUCAAUAAAUAUCAAUCACUGCCACAUCUUUGUACUUUCUGCCCGGUACUCGCAGAGUGCAAAGGGAAUAGAUUUAGCAACAGAACAGCCACAUAAGAUGGUACAUAGGAGGGGUCUGAGAUAGCCCAUCCAUUAGCCACUUGGAUUCUGCUUCUCGUGCAUAGUUUCUGAAUUAAUCAUAUCCCUUGGCCUAAGUCCCGGUACCGAGUAUCCUCGCUGUAUGUUUUGAUACUUUCGCCUUACAUUCUAAGCUAAUAGUUGUACAAAACAGAAACUCUUUUAACAAAUUAUUUAAUGUGAAUUAAAGAAACAACUUCAAAAGCUCUUUACCAA